AUGGGGAGCUGCAGCCCCGCGGCCAGGUGAGUCUUGUACUGGAAUGAGCGGCCAGCAAGGUUUCCUGCGCGGGGGCCGCCCGGUGCAAACUCCCCUCCACGGAUAAAGGAGGUUUCAUGUUGAACCUGCUGGCUGCAGGGCUGCCCCCGGGAGUCCCGUUGCCUUCCGCACCCCCGCUGCUUCUGCUCGGGGAAGCCACGGCUAGUCGGUUCAGACAGACAGAAGCGUUUUUGUUAAAGCGAGACUCCCUGGCCAGGCAUGCUAUGCUAUUAUGUACAUCUGACUUCAUUGGUUUUCUAGCCUGCUGUUUCUUAAAGUCGUCUUGAUUUCUAUGUUUUCACUAGGUUUUCCACUUAUGGAAACUGUUCUGAUAUAUUUGUGAUUAAGCUGCAAAUAACUCUUGCAGGUCAGGCGCUACAUCCUCCAUACACCUGUGAUCGCCAACCAUCGCAGGGCGCUCUGCCUUCUCUCCCUCUGCACUACUGGCAGCCUCUGGUGGCUGUCUCACCUUGCCUAAUGGCUGGGCCACUGGCUAAGGCUCAGUCUUCUCUUGGGUAUGUGUAGCAACUGGGGUGUGGAGAGUGUCCUAGCCUGGAACACCUUAGGCUUCUCUACUCCACAGACUAUGUUUUCCUCCCAGCCGGCUGCUCUUUUCACACCCUAGAAUCAUAGAAUUAUAGAGUUGGAAGAGACCACAAGGGCCAUCGAGUCCAACCCCCUGCCAAGCAGGAAACACCAUCAGAGCACUCCUGACAUAUGGUUGUCAAGCCUCUGCUUAAAGACCUCCAAAGAAGGAGACUCCACCACACUCCUUGGCAGCAAAUUCCACUGUCGAACAGCUCUUACUGUCAGGAAGUUCUUCCUAAUGUUUAGGUGGAAUCUUCUUUCUUGUAGUUUGGAUCCAUUGCUCCGUGUCCGCUUCUCUGGAGCAGCAGAAAACAACCUUUCUCCCUCCUCUAUGUGACAUCCUUUUAUAUAUUUGAACAUGGCUAUCAUAUCACCCCUUAACCUCCUCUUCUCCAGGCUAAACAUGCCCAGCUCCCUUAGCCGUUCCUCAUAAGGCAUCGUUUCCAGGCCUUUGACCAUUUUGGUUGCCCUCCUCUGGACACGUUCCAGUUUGUCAGUGUCCUUCUUGAACUGUGGUGCCCAGAACUGGACACAGUACUCCAGGUGAGGUCUGACCAGAGCAGAAUACAGUGGCACUCCCACCCCAGACUCCCACCCCAGACUCCCCAACCCCGAGAGAAAGAGGAGACAGCCCAUUGGGCAUGCUCCAGAUUAAUAGAAAACUUUGUUAGCAAAGAUGCCCGAGCAAAACUCUUCCAGAUUUGGAAGCCAUCUUGGGAUUCAUCUAGUCAAUGCCCUCUGCUCAGUUCAGGAAACUUGCAGCUAGUAUCCCUGGCAGGUGGUUGCCAAGCCUCUACUCAGUGCCAGAUUUAGGGCAGUGCGGGUGGUUCCUUUGCACAGGUCACCAAGCCAAGGAGACACACAAGAACAACAACAAAAACAACCCAAAUACCCUUUGUUUAUAUGGGGACCAACUCAAAAUUAGGCCCCAGCCAGACAGGCAAUUGAGUUGCCACAAUUAUGACACUUGAGAGCAUGCACAGAGCAUGUGAGAGCAAGGCUGGCAUGAAAAUAAUAUUUAGGGGGGUGCCAGAAUUUGCCCUCCCUCAGGGCGCCAUAUUACCAAAGUCUGCCCCUGCUGUGCUUAAGUACUUCCAGUGAAGGAGAUGUUGCCAUCUUAUGAAAGACUGUUGAAUGGCUCUUGCUGUUAAGCAACAUCUCCAAACAUGUAGCUGAAAUCUGUUCCCUUGCUACUUCUGCGCCUAUAGUUUUGCUUCUACCCUUCUGGAGCAACAGUAAAGAUGCAGAUCCAUAUCUGGUGUUAUCUCCCUUUGGCUCCCCCACUCUUGUUCCAUGUUUUGCCAGGUUUCUAAUAGCUGAGGCAGUUUAAGAUUAAAUUACAAGAAAAGAAAAGAAAAUAGUGACAGUCUGGGAGCAACCUAGGAAAGGCUGGCCUCCCUCUGCCUCCCACUGUUUGCAUGCAGCGUCAACCAUUGUUCCGUGAUUCUCUUUUCAGGUUGCUGCUUCUUGGCUUUCUGGCUCCUGGAGUGUGCUUUCAAUUUGUUCCUGUAACAGGUAAAAACCACUUGGCUAGAUGAAUAUAAUGCCUAAUGUGUUUUUCAAAGCUUUUGCAUGCCCUUGAUUUCCUUCUUGUUGCGAACAGUCUUUUAAUAGGGAAGGAAGAAGGGUACAUCAUUUUCCUCUUUAAAGAAGCUGUGUCCCACUCUUGAACUGCUUAUUCAUGCAAAAUAAACAGGACAGGAGUUGGCAGCUCGGCCCUUUUCCAGGUGUCUGUCUGCCAUGGAGUGGAUGAUCAUAAUACUUGCAGUUCCUGCCAUGGGUUGGCCAAGAUUUGGCUGGGUGAGCCCAGACCCAUUGAGAGCCACCCAGCUGGAGGCAAUGCUACUCUUUGCACUUGGGACACUAGCAUACACUAAGUUAGCAUAUACAGUGGUACCUCGGGUUACAUACGCUUCAGGUUACAUACGCUUCAGGUUACAGACUCCGCAAACCCAGAAAUAGUACCUCGGAUUAAGAACUUUGCUUCAGGAUGAGAACAGAAAUCGCGAGGCGGCGGCGCAGCGGCAGCAGGAGGCCCCAUUAGCUAAAGUGGUGCUUCAGGUUAAGAACAGUUUCAGGUUAAGAACGGACCUCCAGAAUGAAGACUUGCGUUGAAGAUAAGUCUACCGAUUGCUGUAGAAGCAAAGGAUGCAAGUCCUUAAGAAUUGAUCUGUUCCCUCUUUAUGUGGCACUCUUAACUGAACUUCCACAAUGUUUCCACUCCUCCCCCCCCCCAUCCUACUUAACUGGCUGCAUUUCUUUUUCUUCCCCUGCCCAUUCGCUAAAUGGCUUGACAACCAUAUGUCAGGAGUGCUCUGAUGGUGUUUCCUGCUUGGCAGGGGGUUGGACUCGAUGGCCCUUGUGGUCUCUUCCAACUCUAUGAUUCUAUGAUUCUAUAAAUAGCCCCUGCAGCCUGGCUCCUUUUGCCCCCCUCCUCAAAUAGCGAGACCAGCAUUUCUCAAACUUGGGUCUCCAGCUGUUUUUGGAUUACAGCUCCCAUCUUAGCUAGCAAGACCAGUAGUCAGGGAUUACUGUACUUCACAAAAAUGGAUCUAGUGCUGAUCCUGCUUUCUGUCUUCCCACAAGAGGAGGAAACUGAGUGGGUGCAUUAUAUAUGGUGGGAGAGCCCUGGCGCUGCUGUGUAAAAAGACUAGGCAAUCUUCCACCCAGUUCAUGUGGCCAGGGAGAAGGAGAACUGAAGUUCACAAGGCGGGCAACACAGAAGUCAACCCUAGGAGCAAAUCAGUUUCCUAUCUUGGCUCUUUGUCCUGGAGAAAGAGUCUGUGCUGGUCCUUCUGGAGUAGACAUUCUGGAAACCCUUUGGAAUGUCAUUGUCAACCUGGGGCAUAAAACACAGCUGUGAACAGAUGGAGGUAAAGAAAGACUUAUUGAAGAACAGCAACAUGAAAACAAGAUUUGGCUCUCAUUAAGUGGGCUACUGUUAGAUGCCGCUGGAGGGAAUUAGGGCUGCCACCUUUUGAACUCCCCUCUGGCUGUUCCUCUUCAUUCUUGUUUAGAGGGUGCAGUCAUAGGAUGGAGGGCAAGGGAAGGGAAAUGAGGAGCAAGCCUGUAUAGAUGUGUUGAGCAUCCCCAAGAGGCUCAACCUGAUACUGGGACCAUGGCUUGUGAACCAUUUAGGAGUUUUGCUCCCAUGUUGACUUGAGCCUGAUAGAAGGUCGGUGCCCAGUUUGCUAACAACUUUGAUUUUUUGUUAUCUCCUUGCCCUUCAGAUCAGGUUAACGUGCAGUGUCUAGGCAGCCUUGCCCGACUCCGAUUGAGUUCAGCCUAUUUCCAAAACAAGUACAUCAGCUUUGCUGCCAUUGGUGAGUUCAGUUUCUUUUCCUUCUUUUGAUGAAGAGAAGACUUGGGCGUUGUUCUACAUGUAACAUUCUUUCUUUCACCUUUGGAAGGGGGGUGCAUGGGUCCCGCAUGUGCGCCUUAACCCGGUUCUGGCCAGUGGCCAGAUGUUUGCUUUGCUUCACUGGCUUGAGACAACCUCUCCAGAGAUGCAUUGGCUGAUGUCAUCACUGAGGGUUGCAAGACUAUGUUUCCUGCUGCGUGAUGACUCUUGUUAGCAUGCAAAGCCCAUCUGGCCAACAAUCGAGUAUCUGGUGCCACAGGCUGUAGGUGCCUCUUGUCCCACAGUCAGACGUUUGCAGCAGGGUCUCAAUGAGGUAUGUUAAAGAAUGAAAUAUUAAUGCACACAAUGCUGUUGUGGGUAACUAUUCUGAAGCGAUUUCCCUUUCCCUCAUCUAAUGAUCUACAUUCUUGUCCUUCCAGACCAGUUUGGCAGGCCCUGGCCUAUAGACGAGGUCCAGUCAGCAAAAUGUGGAUACACAAUUUCCCAAGACGUCUGGGGGAAUAUAGAGCUCCGUGCCUCGCUGCUUGGCUGUUAUACUCUGAUGGUGGGAUAUAGGGCUAAGCUGUAUGCUGCAGGGAUUGUGAAGAGGCUUCUGGACUGUUUGUGGGAAGCUGUCUUAAUGCUCAAAACAAACUGUUUUGCACAGCGGUGAGGAGCCGCCAACAUAAUGAGGCCUGGCGUGGGUCCCAUUUUGGCCUGUGAGGUGAUUCCACCACAAAACACACCCACUUGCCCCCAUGCCUGAUGUCAUCUAUGAUGUCAUGUGUGGACAUAGUCCAAAAGGAACAGCUGGGUCCUUAAAGCCAUUUCCCCCAUUGUUCCUUUGCAAAUGGAGUUCCUUGAUACUGCUGACUGACGCUGACAGGAAGGCCCACUGGGAUGGGCCGCACUAGGGCAUUCUCCAUUGGCUCUUGAGGCAGAGUGGAUUGAAGCCUAGGCAAUGCUGACAGUCUGUGAGAGACUUGGGGACGUUUCAGAUCAAAAGGGCAAGGCACUAUGAAGCACUGAGGCCUUAAUUUACCAUUCAGAUGGCCCAGAGCAUGCAGGACUACCUCCCGCCAGAGCUGUGCUAUCUGCUUGCUCUGACCAAAGCGGCUGAACCUGUGUGAUGGCCUUUGAAUUCUGCAGUGCCUGGAACCCAUAAGUCUUCCUGAUGAGAGUGAAAGUUAUGGGCAGAAGUAUGUGCUUAAGCAUGGAGACUGCUAGAAGAAGGUGACGGAGUUGGGACAUAAGGCAGUCACUGUUCCUGGUCUUGGGAGCAUCUUAAAGUUGGAUCUGCAUGCAAUGCCCUGUAGCUUCCCUGAGGACUAGCAAUUUAAAACAACCAGGAGAAUACAAAGAAUACAAACAAGGGUGCCAUCUAGGGAGGGGGGUCGUUGUAUUAUGUUUCAGACCACCUGUGGUUAGUCCUCAGGAACACCUCGACAUCUAGUUAUUCCACUAGGUGUACGAAGCUAAGCACAGCUAACUGAAAGCAGGUGCUUUUUAAUCUCUUAAAAUUUGAAAAUAUCCACAAAUAAAUGUUGUGUCAAGUUCAUUUUAGUAGGCAUUUCUUAAUGCAGUGUCUAUAAAUUCCUUCAGCCGCUUUCCUUUUAAACACCCUUGGAAACAUAUGCCAGUCCUUGACCUGCCCCAAACACUGUCUUGUGGCUAGGGCCUCUCUCUCCAGCCAAACUGACAACUUUCCCUCUUGCAUAAUUACUGGAUUGCAGACAUUCUAGCAGCUUUGUUCUCUGAGCAGCUGGAAUGUUUGUUACAUAUUUAAUCCAGCUCAUCCUAUACUGCGGGAGGAACACUUCCACCACUGCAAGCAUAACCUUUAAUGCAGGUUAACUGUUGGUCCUCUUCUUCCCACAUUCAGGAUGACCAGCACUUCACUUUGAACAUCCAGAUAACGGCAGCGACAGACCCUGGGAUGCAGCAUACGGUGGUGCUUAACGUUCCAGUGAGCUGCUCCUAUGGCCCGUGGCAGCCUCGAGAAAUAGUCUGUGAGGCAAACUAUAUGGAGGUAAAUUUUUAUAUUAGGGAGCCAAGCAGCAUUUUGAAAUGCAUGAGAGGCGUACCUUGAGAUCUGCUGCCGCCUUUCAAGAAGCCAAGUCUCUGAGCAUGAAGACUUUCACUUCCCAGAGCAGGAGGUUGCAGACACAGUGUACAGAUUCCCCCAAUGAACCUUGGCACUGUAGUUCUUUUUUUUUUUUAAGGUGAUGGGAAUUGUAGCUCUGUGAGGGGUAAACUACAGUUCCCAGGAUUCUUUGGGGAAAACCAUGUGCUUUGAAUGUAUGGGGUGUACACAGCCUGUAUUUACAGGUGUACACUAAAAUGCUCUUGAACCUCUCUGACUCUGCUUAUGUCAUGUGUGAAAGUUGAUCUGGGGGUAGAAUGUGGAGGAAAAAUUGUGUGUUCCAGAUGCACAUGGGGAGAGGUGGGUGGCAGGCUUAAAGGUUAGAAACAAAUAUGAGAUGCCAAAAAUAAUUUGAGGUAUACACUUCAAAGGCCAGGAGCCUUGCUCCUUGAUUUCAUGUCGGUUGCCAGAAGAAGCAAAAAUGUUUAGUUGGCAAAUCCUAAUUGCAAAGUAAGUGUGUGUGUGUGUGUGUGUGUGUGAGAGAGAGAGAGAGAGAGAGAGAGAGAGAGAGACGGAUAAGGCACGUGGGAGAUCCUGUACAGAGAGUAGCUGCGAAGUCUCUUCCAAUUACAAUGUCCCCUUUCCCCACUCAAGGUCUCUGUAAGAAGGAACGUACCACCAAUCCCAGACGGCUUUCUUCAAGAUCAACCUGCAGGUCCCCCUGAGGACUGGGCUGCUGCCUUUCCGGAGGUAUCUCUCUCCUUUGCCACAACUGAGAAAGAACUGGGGGGCAGCAGACUUCCCUAUGGGAGGUUAUUUUAAAACUCUGAAAUUAUUUCUUCCCUCUCCUCCCUCCCCCAUAGGCUGUCGCAGGGGCCUCCUCCAUCUGGCAAAUCGUCUUUCACAUGGAUGCCAGGAGGAAGGCUAUGCGGGUGGAAGAAGCUCAUGCUGCUGGCUAUGGAGUCAACACCACAGACACGAGGAUCGUGCUCAGGGCUCCCUACAACGCCACUGAGGCUCAGAAGGUGGAGGUAAGUGCAUAACCCCCCCCCCCAAAUAAGGAGGUGCAUGUCAGAAGGAAACAGCAAGAGCUUGAAUGGUUUGUAGAAUUAAGAGUUGUAUUUUUGUGUGUGUGUCUUUACACUGCUUUGAUGGCCUCAAGCUGUAAAGCAACUUAUAAAAUUGUAAAGUAAAAACAAAACUUGCAUAAGAUAAAUUUUGCACAUAUAUUUACCUUGAUCCCUUCAGCAUGGAGCAUCCCUGGCAUGGCCAGGGACACCUGUGUCUUUUUGAGCUUGGAAAAUGUGCACCUUAGUAAUGAGAAAUGUGGGUGGCAUGUAGUCAGCAGAAUGCCUUGGCUAGGAAGUCUCUCUGAGUGUUAGAUGAUAUAUUUCUGCAACUGAAGUAGAAAAGUGGGAGUAGAACUAAGCGCAAUUUGAAUGGCAUGUGCCUAAUUCUGCAAUGCCAUUGAAAAUAACUCUGCUCUUGCUAGUUCACGGGAAAAGGGACUGAGCUGUGAGGCACUGAAACAUGGCAAAUGACAGAGAAAGAGCUGCUGCUUCUGUUUUCAGGUCAAUGGGAUUCCCUUCUCCUCUGUGAGGUCCAGCACCUACUACAAGCAGCGCUGGAUGCUCCUAAUGGUGGACACAGCAGUGACCUGCCCUAUAGGUAUGUAAACAAGGGGGUCUGUCUUUUGAGCUGUAGACCCCUUAAGCCCACAAGAGUUUCCAUGCUUUGGAUUCCCUCCUUGAUGGGAAUUCAAAACAGUUGCAUUGAAAGGUGAACCUACCUUCUUCACAUCUUCUGAAACAAUAUGAAAACAAACACAGCUAUACUAAAAAAAUUGCUUCUCUGAAUUUUGCAGUACAGUUCUUCAGACAAGUAAGGUGUACAGCAUUGCUUAUACUGGGGAUAAAGUGUGUAUAAACAUUCAUAUUAGUGAAAAUUGGGGGGGGGGGACUCACUGCCAGAACUCACUGGAACUCAGUUGAAGCUCUACUCAGGUUGGUGCCAUUGCAAUUGUACAAGAACAAGGUGAAUGCUGAACGAUUUUCAUGUGGACUUAGCCUUUCCCUUUUUUAUCUUUUGCAAACUAAUGUUGAGAACUAAAUAUGAGGUUAGAAAAAUGAGAAACAAAGGACUUAUUCACACCUUCCCUCCACUCUUUCCAGGCACAGUCUGUAAUUCAAAGUUCUGUGUCUGAGUGCCCCCCCCUUCUUUUUUUGUUCUGGAGCUUUCCCUGUGAAAACCCAAUCAUAAAGCUCAGUCAGAGCAAAUGGUCAGUCUGCAGAAAAUCAGAACUGACAUUUGCUUGAAUUCAGCUUUAAAUAGUGGGUUUUUGCGGGGGGGGGGGAGAGAUCUUGGACAUGAAGCAUUGAAGCAAGGACCUCUGCCAGACUUUAGAAAGAGCAAAAGGGCAAAAGGCAAGUAAGUGGAUUCAGCCCCAAGAGGAGCCAAAACUGGCAUGUUCCUCCAUCCACAGACAAGCUGUUUGCUUAACAUUCAUCCUGGUUUGCUUGCACAAAAAGCUUAUGUGGAGGUUAGAUUACAUGCCGUCUCUGUCAUUCUGAUUUGUUUGCUGGGUAGUUAUUUGCCAAUGAGCAUCCAACCUGCAUUCAUUCCAAUUUGCUUGCAGUAUGUCUUCCUGUUGCUCAUUCAUUCAUCCCACACUUCAGUGCCUUUCUCUGUCACUUUCCGACCCUCAAAGAGCCUGUUUCUUUUUCAAUGUGGUUUUGUUGUGCUGGGGCAACAGAACCCUUUAAGCCACUAACUGGGAAGUCUAAACUUCUGGAAUGGGCUUCAGUCUCUCCCACAAAAGAGUGACCGUCUGGAGACUCCCUAAGCUUCCCUCUCUCCCGCCUCACUCCCCUCUGCCAGAUGGUGUGUACUACUCGAAGGAAACAAUUACCUGGACUAUUCCCAAGAGCAUCCCUCCUCUCCUGGUUGGAGCUGGCAUUGUCAAGGAGCUGAAAGUGGACAUGGGGGUCAACCUGGACAAACUGUCUACACAAGACAUCAGAAGUUGGGGAUACUCACUGGCUAGUGACAAGGAUGCUAUUGUACUAAAGAUGCCCAUUGGUGCACCGGGUGGUAACUACAAGGUGGGUACGGAUGUUGUUCCUGGAUGCUUUAGAUAAUUCAAUGGUCUAGCACAAAGUGUUUUUGAAUGGGGAGUAAUUUGUUAAGUGGCAGGGAGGCAAAUGGAUGGCCAUACGUUGCUUCACUCCUAAACUAUGUACUCUACAAGAGGGGUGGGCAGAAGGUGGAUUGGGAUCUACUGGUAGUUUCUGGAUUGUUUGUAAUGGCUCAGCAGGGGGUUGUCUCACAAGGCAUAUUCAUACAAGGUGUCGAUGCCUAUAUGGGCCAUUUUGUGUGUGUGUGUGCCAUUGUCAACAUAUGAGUGCUUUCCAUUUUAUGCCUCCAAAAUCUCAAUAUUUCUUGUUCAUGCCUAGAUGGGCUCAGUUCACACUCUGUGCUGCCCCUUUCCCACAAUUAGUUCUUCCAACCCCUCUCCCUGCAGGUCAGGAAACCUGGGGUCCAUUGUGGCCAUGACAGCAGGUAUUUGUUUACCAGUAUGCAUGCACCUUCGUAGUGGAAUUGUGCAACAAUUUUCCAUCAAAGCCAAAUUUGAAGCAUGACUUUAUUUAUUUUAAAAAAUUGAAAUACAAGUUUUUUGGUCUAUCAGAUUUGCACAAAAGAGCAAGUCAAAAGAGAGAUGUGUGUGUUGUGCCACACAAGGGCAAAGAAUGACCAGGCAGGGAGGAGCAUGGGUGCCUCUGAUCAUUGACUUAAAAGUUUUGGGGUGGAAUCAAUGGGGCCAUGCAAGCGCUGUGCUUGAAUAAAAGGAUUUUGCUCUCAUUUCUGAGAGAGAGAAGGUCCUACUUUGUCUUGUUGGGAAAGAUCUUCCUUUCUUUUUUUCUGUACAUGCAAGGGCAAAUAUUAUUGAUAUUGUUAUUAUUAUUAUUAUUAUUAAGAUUUUCCAACAAAAUUUUCACAUACCGUAUUUUCCGGCGUAUAAGACGACUGGGCAUAUAAGAUGGCCCCCCCAACUUUUCCAGUUAAAAUAUAGAGUUUGGGAUAUACUCGCCGUAUAAGACUACCUCUCUUCCAACGCACACCAAAUAAAAAUUAAAAAAACCAGUCUCCAGUCCAGCUUGGAAAUCCGCUCCACUUCCCAGUGGCCGGGAGCUUCUGGGGCCAAUUUUCAAGCAUAUUUCUGCUUCAUCUAGAGAGCUUGGUGUCCUCUGAUUUAAUUUGCUGUCGUUUUAUCCUUUGGUGGGGAGUUGCUGCAGGAACUGCUGCUGUAGCCAGAGUAUAAGACGACCCCCGACUUUUGAGAAGAUUUUCCUGGGUUAAAAAGUAGUCUUAUAUGCCAGAAAAUACAGUAAUCAAUACUAAAAACAAACACAAAUUACAUCUUAUAUUUUCUAUUAUUCCCCCCUCAACUUCGCCCAACUUCCCUUUCUGGUUUAUCACAUAUUCAUUUCUUCUGCCUAUAAUUUUAUAUACCUUAUAUAUUGAAAUUGAAAUUAUACCUUAUUAACAUUUUCUUAACAUUUUACCCUCAUAUUUAUAUUUUCUGUUUAUAUUGAUUAAUUGUAAGUGUCUUAAUCAAAUCCUGCAAGUGAGUCCAUUUCAGUGCAUUGUUUCUGUAUAUACAUCAUAAAAGAUUCUUAAUCUUUCUUGAAAUAAUUAUUGUCCUUAUCUUUAAGUCUCUCCGUCAGCUUUACCAUUUCAGCAUAUUCCAUCAAUUUUUCUUGCCAUUGUUCUUUUGUUAGUAUUUCAUCACUUUUCCAUCUUUGAGCUAAUAAAAUUCUGGCCGCUGUAGUCACAUACAUUAAUAAUUUUUUCUUGUCUUUUGGUAAAUCUUGACCUAAAAUACCUAAUAGAAAAGCUUCUGUUUUUUUAACUAAUGUUAUCUCAGACAUUCUUUUCAUUUCAUUAUAAAUCAAAUCCCAAUAAUUUUUAAUUGUUUUACAAUUCCACCACAUAUGAAAAAGGUACCUUCCUUUUCUUUGCUUUUUCAGCACUUGUUAGAGCUUGUUCUAAAUAUUUUUGCCAUUUUUACCAGUGUUAUAUACCAUCUGUACAUCAUUUUCAUAUAAUUCUUUUAGUAAUAUACAAUCAUUAAAUUUUAACUUAAUUUUCCAUAAAAAUAUUAUUUUAUUAUUUUUUUUAAAAUAAUAUUUAUUAAAGUUUCAAAAAAUACAAAAAAUACAGAAUACAAAAAGAAAAAAGAAUAAAGUUUUUUUAAAAAAAUAUAACCAAAAAAAGUAAAAAAAUAAUAAAAAGAAACAUACCAAAUAAACAGUUAAAAAAACAUUAAUUUUCCAUAACCUAUCUUCCCUAUACUUAUUUCCCCGGACCUCCUCAUACCUCCCUUUUUUGUAUUCCAGUUCAAUUUGUUAGUUCAGCAAAUCCUUACCAUUAAAAUUAUCCAGUUGCAAACCUUUUUUCAUAUCUCUUAAAGUAUUACAGCUAAAAACCUCUUAAUUUCUAUCCAACAUCCUUCUAAAAUUCCUUAAUUUUACAAUAUUUCUGUAAAUAGUCUUUAAAUUUCUUCCAGUCUUCUUUCACCGACUCUUCUCCCUGGUCUCGGAUUCUGCCAGUCAUUUCUGCUAAUUCCAUGUAGUCCAUCACCUUCACCUUCAUCUGCCAUUCUUCCAGAGUGGGUAAAUCUUGUGUCUUCCAAUACGGCCCAGCAGUGAAAGUUUCAAAUUUGACCAGAUUUCUAAAUCUUUUUUCACUUCAGUCCAACAUUUUUCAUAAUUAUCUUUAAAUAAGUUCCCAUUUUUGGCUGUCAUAUUAAUCCCCAGGUAUUUCACUUUCUUUACCACAGUCAAUCCUGUCUCAUUCUGAAACCUCUCUCUUUCAAUCGGUGUUAAAUUUUUCUCUAAAACCUUAGUUUUUAGCUUGUUCAAUUUAAAGCCUGCCACCUGACCAAAUUCUUGAAUUAAUUCUAAAACUCUUUUAGUGCUAGAUUCUGGCUCCUGUAACGUUAAUACUAAGUCAUCUGCAAAUGCUCUCAAUUUGUACUGUUUAGCUCCGACCUGUAUACCUUUAACCAACCGGUCCUUUCUAAUCAUGUUUAGCAGAACCUCCAGGACCAAUAUAAAAAGCAAUGGGGAAAUUGGGCACCCCUGUCGUGUCCCUUUUUCUAUCUUAAAUUCUUCCGUGACCACAUUAUUUACAAUUAAUUUGGCCUUUUGUUCAGAAUAUAUUGCACCUAUACCAUUUUCAAAACCUUGGCCUACCCCCAUCCCCUGUAGGUUCUUCUUCAUAAAGCUCCAAGAGAUAUUGUCAAAAGCUUUCUCCGCGUCCACAAAUAUCAAAACUGCUUUAGUAUUUAUGUUCACUUCUAGUUUUUCCAAAAUAUCAAUUAUAUUACUCAAAUUAUCGGACAAGUGUCUUCCCGGAGAUAGCCCGAUUGGUCUUUAUGAAUCUCUUCCAUCAAUAAUUUUUUAAUUCUCUUGGCCAAAAUGUCUGCAAAAAUUUUGUAAUCCACAUUAAGUAACGAUAUAGGGCAGUAGUUCUUAAGCUGGGUCUUUUCAGUCUCUGUUUUCGGUAUAAGUGUAAUAUACGCCUCUUUCCACGACUCUGGCACCCUUUUCCCUUCCAAUAUUUCAUUGCAGACUUCCUUCAAAGGUUGCAAUAACCACUCUUUCAGAGAUCUAUAGUAUCUGGAAGUCAGCCCAUCCGGUCCUGGAGAUUUGCCCAGUUGCAUGUUUUGUAUGGCACCUUCCACUUCCUGUUCAGAUAUUUUAUAGUUCAGCAUUAAUUUACUUUCUUGAGAGAUUUUUUGUAGGCCAUUUGUCUUCAAAAAUUGGUCUAUGUCCAUUUCCUUCUGUGGCCCUUGUGUGUAUAAUUGUUUAAAGUACCUCUGGAAGCAAUUUCUGAUCUCAAUUGGGUUAUGUAUACUCUUUCCUUCCACUUCUAAAUUUGUAAUGGUAUUUAAUUUUUGUCUUUUUUUCAUUUGCCAGGCCAACAAUUUCCCACAUUUGUUAGCUGAUUCAAAUGUUUUUUGUCUCAUUUGUUUGAUUUUCCAUUCUAUUUCCUAAUUCAUCAUUUCCAUAUAUUGUACUUGAUAUAAUUUUAUUUCUCUCAAAAUCUCCUGGGACUUUGGUUUUGCUCUCAAUUUCUUCUCGCCUUCUUUUAUUUUCUCCAAAAUGUUGUCUUUCUUUUCAUUUUGACUUCUCUUCUUUAUUGCAUUCUGUUGUAUCAAAAACCCUCUCAUGACAGCUUUGCUUGCGUCCCAGAUUACUCUUUUUUCUACAUUGGUGUUCAUGUUUAUUUCAAAGUAGUCUCUCAAAGUUUUUUGGGCCUUUUUAUAGACUUCUUCAUCUCUAAAUAAGGUGUCAUUCAUCCUCCAUCUAAAGGAUCCGGUUGUUAUUUGUUUCAUCUCCAUCCUUACAGCGUUGUGGUCGGAGCAGGUUUUUGGGCAGAUUUCUACUUUAUCUUUGGUGCCAUUCCUCUAGUUAUCCAUAUUUGGUCAAUUCUAGUCCAUGUCAUCUUGGCUUCAGAAAAGAAGGUUCCCUCUCUUCCCAGGGGGUUCUUUACCCUCCAAAUGUCCACUAAGUCCAUAUUGUCUGUCAUCUCAAAGAAUGUUUUCGGUAAUCUACCAUCCUUGGUAACUACCUGUCUUUGUGCCUUGUCCAUGUUUGUAGAUACUACUCCAUUCAUGUCCCCCAUCAAAAUCAAAUUGUAAUCCAAAUAAUCCAGUAAAGUCUCAUGCAACUUUUUAUAGAAUUCAGAUUUCCCCUCAUUCGGUGCAUAAAUUCCCACAAUCAAAAAUUUCUCUCCUUGUACCUGGAUUUCAACUGCCACAAAUCUUCCUUGGUCAUCUUUAAAGAUAAGUUUCGGUGAAAAUCUCUCCUUUACAUAAAUCACAACUCCUCUUUUUUUAACUUUGUCAGAUGAAACAAACUCCUGUCCCAAUCUUUUAUUAAUCAAUAACUUCCUAUGUGCCCUUGUUAUAUGUGUUUCUUGUAGACAAAUCAAGUCCAAUUGUUCUUCUUUUAAUAAAUGAAACACACUUUUUCUCCUCCGAGGAGAGUUCAAACCGUUACAAUUCCAGCUUAAUAGUUGCAGAGCCAUGAUGGGGGCUACUUCACUUUACCUCCAACUGCUCCGAGUGUCAGUUCUUGUUCUGUGGGUAGUAUCACUUUUUCUGGACCGUGCAGUCCAAAGGAUAGAUUUGAUAUAUCUAAUAUACCUUUUGGUUCUUCUUCAGAUUCCCCUUCUUUCAGUAGGUCUUCCUCAUGGUCUUUCAAGAACCUGUCCUUUUCCUCAACUGAUUUUAUCUUUAUCUUUCUUCCUUUAUAUUUGAAGGACAGGCCUUGAGGGAAUUCCCACCUGAAAAGAAUUCUAUUUCUUUUCAACAAAGGCACUAGGUCUCCGUAAUUAGACCUUAAGUCCAACAGAUGCUUUGGGAUGUCCUUAAAGAUCACCAAACUUGAAUCGUCAAUUUCCAAGGUUUUUUGAUAGUGCAGAUUCAGAAUUUUAUCUCUCUCUUCUUUUGUUCGAAAGGUAAUCAAACAGUCUCUCACCUUGUCCUUACCUUGUCUUCUUCCGAGCCUAAAUUCACUAUCUUAAAUUCUUCCUUCCCUGAGUCCAGUUGCCAAAAAUCUGUAAAUUCCUGUGUAAGAAAGUCAGCCAGGUUAUCUUUCUCCCGUUCUGGAACAGCCCUGAUUCUUAAAUUUCUUUGUCUAUCUUUCAAUUCAAUCAUAGAAAAUGUCACAUCAUGGUCCUCCAAUUUCUUAUAUACUGGUGGAAUUUUCUCUUGAGUAACAGUUGCAAUAUCUUUUGCUUCCUCUGCUGUCUUUCGAAUCGAGGCAGAUUCCUGUAGUAGUUUUUCGAUGGUCUCUGUGUUGGCAUUCACCUUCUGCCCCAAAGUGUUAAUACUUGCAGUGUUUAAAUCAAUUUUGCUUGAUGCUUCCGCAACUUGUCUAUUUGUCUCAGCUACUUGUCUAUUUGUCUCAGCUACUUGUCUAUUUGUCUCAGUUACCUGUUUACUUAAACUUUCCAGAGAUUCAUUAAUUUUUGCCAGUGCCUGUGCCAAAACUUCUUCCGACGACAUAACUUUUGGUUUAGCCUGUGGGAGUGCGGCCCCUGAUGCUCCAGAUGCUCCAGAUGUUGAGCCCCUUCGCGGCAGCGCAGUGUCUAUCCGAUAAUGUCUGCCAGACCUAGUAGUUUUUUCCUGCGGUUCUGCCUUCUCUAACUUCCCUUUAUCAUCUGCCAUAACAGUCUCAUAGAAAUUCAAGGUCGCUCCCACAGUCAGACAGUUGUUUUGGAAUAGAAUGGAAUUUUCCUCUAAACCAACUGUUGUUGUAACUGUUGUUGUAACAAUGUCCAACUUCCUCUAGGGGGACACAGUAACAGCCAGAACUUGCAACUUUUAAAAACAAAGAUAGUCUUUAUAAGUCCCCCAAUUUACUUUAAAAAACCACAGUCUCAAUGCACUUAAACAGUUACUUUCAAGCCAAAAGAAGUCCAGAAACACUGUAUCCCUUUUGCAGAAUUGGCUGUCAGAAAUAGACUUUCCACUAUGCAACCCUUAUCUCAAGGCAGUCCGUUCCAAAUCUUAAACAGUAAUUUUUUCCUUCCUUUCCCCUUCUUUAUUGCAGGGAAAUUCAGCUCAGUCUUUUCCCCCCCUCCUCUCCUGCAAUCUGGAGGGGGAACCACUUUCAAGAUGUUAGGAUUUAGCUCUUUUUCAAGUAACUUUCUGUGUUUCCGCUUUAGAGUCUCUUUGCUUUGAUCUAUUUACAAUACAAGGAAGGCAGACUUCCUGGUUGUACCUUCCCCGCUCCAUGCCAAAUUAACUUUUUUCUUUUAGAUCCAAUUUGAUCCUACUCACGGGUAGUUGUUUUCAAAGUCCGAUUAUCCCAGGAAAAAGGCAGCGCUCUCCGGUAACAGCUUCGCGGCUUCGCUCCACGGAAGAAGCAAUUUGCUCACAGCAUCACGCCACCCCCGCUCCGCUCCGGAGCCCGUUGCCAAGCUCCUUUAGCAAUUGGGGGGGCGCAAACGGUGCCCGCUGAGUCCCACGGUCACAGGCUUCACCCGCCUGUGAUUUUUUUUGGGGUCCCCACUGCGCCGUAGCGGCAGGACCCAGAUUCCGUAGAGCCAGUUCUCUCCGAAUUAGAGAGAAGCAGCCAUUACCGAUGGCGCCACCCUGGAAGUCCCAUAAAAAUAUUAUUUUUAAUACAUCUGUUUGUGCUAGAGCAGCUCUGCAAAAAAGAAGAAAGAAGCUGAUUUUUUAAAUUUCAAAAAAAAAAACAACAAAAAAAAAACCCACACAGAAUACAUAUUUUCCUUUGGGACAGAAACCAAAUGGGAGUAAGGAGUAUAGUGCACAGAUGACCCCCAGUGAAAUGGCACCACACAUAUAAAAAAACCCCUAACAUGCCCAAACAGUGCACAUGUGUUUGUCCACCAUUGGGUAACAUGCACAUUUAUAUUCCUUGGCACGGAGCAUGUGCUUGGAGCCACCCCACUCCUGAAUUCUAGAAAGAGAAUGUUGCCCUUCUCUAUCCUCAGACACUGAGCUCAUCUACACUUCCACUUGUUCCGCUGCUUUCACCCAGGAAAACCCGCCGGAGCAAAUAUCAGUUAGGUUUUCUACAGAUUGAUGUUUGCUGCAAUUCAGCACUAGAGAGCGGGUUUCCCCCAGGAAAGCAGCGGGACAAACUGAGGACUGCUUGGAGCUGUGAUUUCUUGGCAUGGGAUAAGCAGCCAUGUGAACAAGCCCACUGUUUCGCACUUGGCUUUGGUUGGCAGAGCUCUAGAAAAGAGUUAUAGAAAAAAACAAUGUAGAUAUGCUCAUUCCUGCUGUACAAAAUGGUCUUAAUGGCACUUUCUUACAAAAUGAGGGAGAUGAAAUGUGUCAAGUGUACACCUGUAUUAGAAAUCCUUAACGAAUCUUAAAGUCCAGAGCCCAUGUUUUGGGAUUGAAAUAGCAACAAGGUGGGAACCUGGGAGACAAGGUCUGUCACACAUCCUGUCACAACAUGGCUUGUAUUAACAUUAGGUCCCUUUAACGAUGUCUACUUGUUUAUCUCUUGCUCCAGACCUAUGUGAUUGAUGGGAAACCAAUGAUUACCUACAAAAUUGCCCCUUAUGUAGAGCAUCUGUGGGAAGAUGACAAGAGGGGGAUUACGAAACAUACCAUCCUGAAGGAUAUUAGCACCCCUCUGCAACUUGUGCCGGUCAUAGUUACAGAUUGUGAGUGUUCAUUGUAAAUAAUAGUUCUAUAAAGUUGUUGAAACAUUGGUGAUGGCUGCUUCACAGACAACUGUGUGUGCUAGUAGAUGCCUUCUAUUCUAGCAAGAUCAAAUUGCAGAAUUCCCCUAGAUGUUCUUAACUCUUCAGUGGGAGAGUUAGAGAUGGCAUCAUACUCUUGGUCAAAGAGUACACUGGCUUACAAUGUUCGUCUUGAGCACAGGAACCACUUCACUAUUGCUGUCUGUGUGUGUGUGUGUGUGUGUCUGUGUCUAUGUGUCUAUUCUUGAUCCUUGAAUUCAGGGAAGAGCUUGUCGCUCCAUGGUAGAGCCUUUACAUUGAAUGCAGACGUUUCCAGGUUUAAUCCCUGGUGCUUCUGGGUAGGGCUGGAUGAGAAUCCUGUCUGAAAACCUGAGGAGCUGAUGCCAGUCAGUGUACACAUUACUAAGCUUGAUGGACCAAUGAUCUUACUUGGUAUAAGACAGCUUCCUCAGUCCCCCCUUCUAAAUGGGUCCUGCCCACCUGCACUGAAGAGCUGUAGCUCAGGGGCAGAGCACAUACAUUGCCAAAGGUCCCAGGUUGAAAUGUUAGCAUCUCCAGGUAGGACUGGACAUGACUUGUAUAUGAAACCCUGGAGAGCCUCUGCCAGUCAGUACAGGGCUAGAUGGUCCAAUUAUUGGAUUCCAUUUUCUUUGUUGGAGGCUAGCUGAUUUGGUGCCUUCAGAUGCUGCUGGACUCCCCUCAGCCCGCCAGUGGUCAGGGAUGCCAGGAGUAGCCAACCCACCACAUCUGGACAGCCACAGGUUGACCACCCUUGGUCUUUGUCUUUGAAGGAAGAACAUUGGAUUGGUGAAGGAAUAAAAAAAUAAGCAAACAUGUUCUGUGGGAAGGAUGAGCUUUGUUAAAUAGGAAAAUUGUCUAGCUUACUAACGUCCUGAAAAUGUCUGCAAAAUUACAACCUUGAAGGAUUUAUAGAAAGGAGAAGCAUCAUAUACUUGUGGGGGCUUGUUGACAGAACAACUGAGGAAAUCCAUUAGAGAGCAAAUUUAACUCGUAAGCCUGAUGAGCAAAAUUGAUAUGGGGAACUGGCCUAGAAAAAGGUUUUGUUUUACAAAAACUAUUUCUCUUCUCCAUACAGAUACUAAUGCCAGUCUCCAGCUCUUCAAUGCAACAGUUGGCACCUUCCUGCCAGAUGUAGUGCUGGUCAGUAUUACUGUGGAUGCUUCAGGGCCCUGGCCACUACCUGAGGCUGAGAAGAAGGGCUAUAAGAUCUAUGAAGCUAAGUAUUCCAAUGGAAGUCGGGGCUAUGUGGUACAAGUCCCCUUUGAUGCCCCUGGAGUUGGAAGGGAGGUGAGUGCUGCCACCAACCAAGCCUAGUCUGUGGGCUCUUGGAGGGGAGUGUAUUGCAGUUGUAAGGGGCAAAGCAUAGAGAGUGGAAGUGCUGGUAGUCCUGUUGACUGGGGAACUUCAGAGUUGACAUUUAAAUAACACUUAAGCACUUGUAGAUACAUCAACUAUCCAUCCUUAAAUCAUCUGAGCUAGGAAAACAAAUUUUGGCAUGACAUCCAUGGAAAGGUCUAACUCAAAAGAAUAUACUUGAAACAUGGAGCUUCUUUCGUCUAAUUCUUUCCAGGAGGUUGCAUCUCUUCCCCCCUGUAUCCUAUAACUGAAUUGAGACUUGGUAAGGGAUGGUGCUUGUUUAUGCCUCUGGAACUGCCAAGUUGCCUCUCACUCCAAAUGUGUCCCUGCAGUAAUAGCUGAUGGGAUGGAAUAUAUGGAUACCUUCUCUCUGGAGCAUAUUAAAACUAAAAACACUGCAAGGGUAUGAAAUCUAGUAGGCCACAAUGCAUGGUUUGUAGGUGCCUAUCAUGCCUAGCUUUCAUGAGCACAACAGAGCCUCCUUCCCUUGAGAGCUGUUACACUCUAAAUGAUGGUGAUAUAAUAACAAAGGUUUGUCAUGAUGCUGAAUAACCAGAGCUCACCUCCGCUCAAAUUAUCUUCCCAGUAUGUACCAGAUAACAUCAGAAGCUACACUACAAACCCCAUAUUGGGAUUCAGUGUGAUUCCUCAGGGAGACACCUUUGAUGUCCCUGUUCCUCUGACAGCCCUGGUCCAGGAUGCAGGUGAGUCGGUUGGAACCAACAUUCUUAUCACUUUCCAUUUUGGAUUCAAGAAUCGGUUAGUGGAAAUGGUGAGCUUAACUUUAGUUGCUGAAGGUUAAAUAUUGGGGAGAUGUACCUAUUACCUAUUAUUCAAUUUGAAGUGGCGUCUAGGAUUUCACCAGGGUCAGGGAGGGUACUUCUGGUUUGUCUGUAAAGAACACCAAUAUUUAACUAUGAAUAUUGAAUAGCUUGGCAUCAUUAAAACAGUGGUGGCUAAAUGGAGAAGUUAUGCCAAGGUUUAGAUAACUAUUUGUAUUAUUUUGUAAUGUUGAUGCUUGGUGUAGAGGGUGAUUUAGCCUACCUUGAAGUGUUAUGGGGAGGACAAAACGAAAGUGGGGCACUCCAGUUCUCCAUCCUGGGCAGCUCCUGGAAGAAAGUUGCAGUGUUACAGAAUUCUGUGAGCUGCUGAACGUAAGAGGCAUCCUCCUGUUGCAGGGGAUGCUGGUCCACUAGGGCAGAGGGGACACUGUCCCACUCACUUUAGUUUUCCCUCAGCCAGCCCUCACCUGCCAACAAUUGGUGCAGGGGAAGGCCCUGCCUGCCUGUCUGCCUGCCUGCCUGCCUGCCUGCUUGUCCUCCUUAGUCUCGGCAGGGAGUAGGAUGGGGGUAAAGCUGGAAUCAGUUGGCUCUGCUGGUCAUUGGCUCUGGUUUCUUCUGCCUUACCAGUCCCAAUGGGUGCCAGCCACUAUUCUGUUGACUCCUGGAAAUAUAGCUAAGUACUAGAGUGGCAAUUUUCAGUAAAUAGAGAUUAGUUUCUAGCCUGCAAUAAUUAUUCUAGAAAUUGUGCCUAGAAGCAUAAAACAAAUUGCCCCUUAGAGAGGACUUCCAGGAGAAGGUUGGGCGGGACAAAUGGUUGUGGGAUUCUUUUGCUCUAGGUAAGGUGAGAAUUGAUGGCCCUUUUCACUUCAUAAUCAGUAGCUCUACUUCAAGUACUCUUCAGUGGGCUAGGUGGUAAAAGCAUGUUAAAUGAACAGAGAUAUGAUUUGUCAUUGUGUGUGGAUCACAUUCUGUUUGAGAAUCCACAGGGAGCACCUUGUCUUUGUAGGUGCUCCACAACAAAGAGCCUUAACUGUGUGAAUGGGGUGGAGGUGUGGCUAGUGAAGGGUUAACAAACAUGCGCAGGGCCUUUCCAGGUGAGUGGCCAGGCACUGUGUCCCACCUACCUAGACCCAAUGCGACCUGAAGUGGUGUGCCUCCGUGCACCUGUGCAAUACCUGAGCCUUGGCAGGUGGCUUACCCUGAAGAGCAUUUGCUUCCAGCCUCAUGCAAAUAUUCCUUUUGGAGGAAUUGUCCUUGUCUGCUGCUCGGCUGCCUAGAAAGUUGUACUACUGUUAAAUCAUGCCGGUGGCAUUGGAAGGGCAGGUAGAAUGUGAAUGGACGAGGGUUCCUGCUCCUGAAAGCCUUGCUUCUUCCUACUGCCUCCCUCCCAGUGCUGCCCCAGGCUGAGGGAUUCUGUGAUGACGAAGCCCUCUAUCUAGUGGUGAAACGAGGCAACGUGGACCAGGACUGGCUUCCCUUUGCGGGGGACGAUCUUUUGACUCGGGAGAAGGCGCAGGCACUCGGUUAUACUUUGCUGGACAAUGGGACCCACUUGGCCUUAAGGGUGCCCAGGCAGGCAGCCCACGUGCGCUAUGAGGUAAGGGGAACACGGGGUGUGGGUGUGGGUGUGGAAGCUUGGGUUGCCCAGCUAUGAAGCGGGGAAACAAGAAGCAGCUGUGAGGGGUACGGUGAUUGGUUUCCUUGGGGUAAUUGUUUCCCAAGAGUCAUAGGUGCCAACGCCCUGGGUGCCCGGGCACCCACAAAUUUUGGUGCCAGGCCCUGGGCACCCACAGUCAUGGGGCCAAGCUGGCACUCCUGCCAAUAAUAUGGUUCUCUGGCAAGCUCACUUGUACUGUACAAGUAUUUUUAAAUGUAACACAUUUCCACCCUGCUCCCUAGCUGAAAAUGCUCCCAGAGCAGCUUACAAAAGUCAGUAGUAAGACGGUUCUUUCCAGGUUAUUGUUAAAAAGACAUGAUGUACAUGGAAGAAAGAAUGGAGCUAGAGGAACCUCAGGUGCCAGUUCUUAGUCCUGGUGCAUGAAUGAACAGCUGGCGUGUAAAUGAUUCUAGUGGUAUGAUGAGAGAGGACCACAGGCAGCUGGCCUUGGCGGCAGCGGCACCGCAAGAGGCCUUCUUCCCUUCUCUGCUCUUGAGCAUGUUUGGCACUGGGUACCAUGACCAGAAUGGCAAAUCUCUUUGCUUCAGCAAAAUGAAUUACUUACCCCCUAUUCUCCACCUCCAACAAAAAAUCCUUUUAAGGGCCCUGCUUUGCUUUCAGUAGCCCUGAACCCAGGCCCUUGAGCUUUGUAGGAGGAACCUCUUUGCCUCUGCUAGAGAUCCAUCUAAGGCUUAAGGUGACCUUGAGAAUCUGGGGCAGAAGACAGGCUGAUGUUCCAGUCUUCUGCACACUAAUGUGUGAGUGCUGAUGACUAGAAGCUGUGUAGGAGAUAGUUUGAAUCUUUGUUGGUGCUUUGUCUGAAAUGGGAUUUGUGUGUUGUGGGGAGCAUCCUUGGCAGUGAAAGAUGUCCACAGUCUGGCCUGGGCCUUGGCAGGUGCCCACCUUGUCCAUUGGCUGCUGGAUAUACUCUUCCAUUAAUCCAAGAGAUGGGUCUAAAAGGGCCGUUCAUGCUGCUACCUCCCGCUUUGUCCAGAGGGAGGAUGACUGAAACCAAGGGUGCAAGCAGGUAAUUGAGGACUGCAGAAUGUCCACCUUGGGUGGUGGUGAGGUUGUCUAAGCCUCCUAAUGCAGCCGGCUCUUAACUUGUGCAACUAGUCUGGUCCCCUUUGCUUUGUAGGAAAUAGAUUCUUUUGGGAUUUUGGUCACCUUCCGGUUGCAGCUGAAGGACUAUCGUCUCGCUGAAAUGAUAGACUUUGCCGUUUCCUGCAGCUUCUCUCCAAAAGACCUCAUUGGUAAUCUCUCUCUCGAGCCCAGGGGCAGGAGACCCUUUCCCAUGUGGGGGCCACCUUCCCUUCUGGGAACCACAUGCCAGGGGUGGGUGGAGCAAGAAACAAAAGAGGAGAGAGCAUCUGAUGCUCUGCAUAGCAAUGUGCAUUUCUGUUGUGUUGUACUCUGUAUUUUUAUUUGCUUUUCCUAAUGUCAGUUCAUAAUUUCUAUCAUGUCCAUCUUGGGAACCAGCUAUUUGUUCUUCAUUUUCAUUAGCAGAGAAAAUGGUUUCAUUUGAUGGUACAGUGGUACCUUGGGUUGGUUACUUAAUCCGUUCCGGAAGUCCGUUUGUAACAGGAAACCACUUGUACCAUGAGGCAUGUUUUCCCUAAGGGUGCCUUCCACUGCUGCUGUGCCGCCGGAGUGCGAUUUCCGCUUGCAUCCCAGGGCAAAGGUCGCAACAAGGGGCAUCUGCUUCUGGGUUAGCGGAGCGCGUAACCCGCAGCAUUCAUAAGGGGGAUGGGACGUAACAUGCGGUACCACUGUAUUGAAGUCUCCUGCUUGGUACUCUGCUUAUAUUCAGCAAUUCUCUCAUCCACCUUCUCUCAUCUUCUUGUCGCUUCCGCUUCUUGACUAGUCUGCGGAGGCAGAUAUAAGGGAGCACAACCAGUUGGGUUGCACUGCAUGUGGAGCCUUGGGGGUGCCACAACUAUGAUGUAGAAUGGAAGGUGAGAGGCAGGGUGUGUGGAAUUUGUUUUGUUUUUUUUAAUAAGAUAUUUAUUAAGCUUUUUUUAAAUAUUACAAUAAAAAUGAAAAAAAUAACAAAAAUACAAAAUAAAAAUAAUUAAAAACACACAGAUUUUCCAUUACUUGUUUUCCUUUAGCUUGUUUCCCGGACCUCCUCAUACCUCCCUUUUUUGUAUUCCAGUUCAAUUUGUUGGUUCAGCAAAUCCUUACCCUCUUUAUUUAUCCUAAUCUUUAGUCUUAAAAUAGUAACGUUAAAUUUUUACCUAUUAACAACCCAUUUUUCAUAAUCCCUUAAAGCAUUACAGCUGGAAACCACUUAAUUUCUAUCCAACAUCAUUCUAACAUUCAUUAAUUUUACAAUAAUUCUGUAGAUAGUCUUUGAAUUUCUUCCAAUCUUCUUCCACCGACUCUUCUCCCUGGUCUCAGAUUCUGCCAGUCAUUUCUGCCAGUUCCAUAUAGUCCAUCAGCUUCAUCUGCCAUUCUUCCAGAGUGGGUAGAUCUUGUGUCUUCCAAUACUUUGCAAUGAGUAUUCUUGCUGCUGUUGUGGCCAGGGUGUGUGGAAUUUGGGUGUCUCUCAGGGUGCUGUUGAAAUUUGAGACCCCAAAGUCUGCCACUGCUUGUCUGUUAUGCUCUGGCAUAUAUAAUAUAUUUCCCUUGCAGAUUGCCUGGCUAAUGGCACAGUGA